AUGUCCUUGAUCCUGAUGAGUGCGAGAAGAAAUGGAGGAAAUCCCAAAGGAAAAGAUGUCUCGGAAGUCAAUAGCCCCAAGGUUGAGCAGUUAACUCAUGGUGUAGCAGGCAUUAGCCUGGAGUCAGCCCAAGAUGACGGAGAGUGGGAGGUAAUUUCCAGGAAAUCAAAGAACAGAGCUGGAAGCAGUACUGCAAAACAAUGGGGUCCUCAGAAUUCUAAUUCUAAAGCUUGGGCAGAGUUUGAUGUUCAGAAGCCAAGUAUGAGGAAUAGUGGUGGAUCAGGUAGGGCUUCUGGGAACUUCUGGCCAUCACAAACUGCUGAUUCUAGAAAACCAGCCGGAAGAGGAAAUGUAAGGCAGCAGUCUUCUGCUAGGGUUUCCGAAAACAACUAUGUGGCUCCUCAACAAGUAGUUCCCCCUCCACUGGACCACGGAUGGAACUGGCAAUCCAGAGCGGGUUUCACUCAACCCAAGGGUUCAGAAGAUGGCCAGGGAAACUAUGACAAGGACGGCGAUGUGGCUGCUGCUAAGGCUAAUGAUGAUGAUGACAACUCUGAUGCUGCGGGUGAUAGUGAUGAUGAGCUAUAUAGUGAUGAGUUUGAUUCGGAUUCAAGUGAAAAGAGUCAUGAAACUCGAAAGAGUAGCAGAUGGUUCAAGAAAUUCUUUGAGAUUUUGGAUAGUUUAACUGUUGAUGAGAUUAAUGAUCCUGCCAGGCAGUGGCACUGUCCUGCUUGCCAAGGUGGUCCUGGUGCCAUUGACUGGUACCGAGGCUUGCAACCCCUAAUGACACAUGCCAAAACAAAAGGAUCAAAGAGGGUGAUGCUCCACAGAGAGCUUGCGGAGCUUUUGGAUGAGGAGUUGCGGAGGAAGGGAACUACAGUUAUACCUGCCGGUGAAGCAUUCGGUAAGUGGAAAGGUUUAAAAGAUGAGGAAAAGGAUCAUGAAAUUGUGUGGCCUCCAAUGGUUGUCAUCAUGAACACUAGACUUGAGCAGGAUGAAAAUGAAAAGUGGAUUGGUAUGGGAAAUCAGGAGCUCCUUGAAUACUUCAGCACUUAUGCUGCUGUGAGGGCUCGGCACUCAUAUGGUCCUCAGGGACACCGUGGGAUUAGUAUUUUGAUCUUUGAAGCGUCUGCGAGGGGUUAUUUAGAGGCUGAGCGUCUGCACAAGCAUUUUACAGAGCAAGGAACAGACAGAGAUGCUUGGGAUCGUCGUCGUGUCUUAUUUCAUUCAGGUGGGAAGCGACAGCUUUAUGGGUACAUGGCAGUGAAAGAAGACUUGGACAUAUUUAACCAGCAUUCCCAAGGUAAAUCGAAGCUGAAAUUUGAGAUGAGAUCCUACCAGGAGAUGGUUGUGAACCAAAUCAGGCAAAUGAGUGAGGACAACCAGCAGCUUAAUUGGUUUAAGAACAAGGUUGCUAAGGAACAGAGGCAUGCCAAAGCGCUUGAAGAAUCUCUUGGUAUAGUUAGUGAGAAGCUCAGGAAAACAACGGAGGAAAAUCGUAUUGUAAGACAAAGGACCAAAAUGCAGCACGAAGAGAACAAGGAAGAGAUGUAUCUGCAAGAACAAUUUUUCAAAGACCAAAUCAAAAUAAUUCAUGAAUCAAGGGAUGCAAGGGAAGAAAGCUUUGAGAGGCUGCAGCAGGAAGAACGCGACAAGGUCAAGCAGUCGUAUGUCAAUCCUUCAAAUGCUGAGGAAAAGAAAUACAAGUCGGCGGAAAUUGAUAACUUCAUCAAGUCUCAAGAAAAAGAGAUGGAAGAAUUUGUAGAAGAGAGGGAUAUGCUAAUAAAAGCUCAUGAAGACAAUAGGGCUGCAAUGAAGCGGAGGCAUUGGGAGGAAGAGGUAGAACUGGAGAAGGAUUUUGAUGCCAAAUUAACCCAGCUCAUGGAGAAGUAUUCCCCACAUCGCUCCUGA